AUGGCGACCGGCGCAAGGGUGCGUGCCGCGAACAAGGCCAAUACUACAAAGGGUCAUGCUAUACAGGAUGACGAGCACGCGCAUUCCGCGAGUGAUGGCUCUGAUCACGACGUGUAUUUGUCGCCACUGAAACGAAAUUCCGGCGCCGCAUCCAAGCAGGCCACCGCGACGGGAUGGCGUGAUCCCUUCAUCGACACAAACACUGUGGACCCUGGAUUUGACGCCGACGUUGAGGGUAACGAUGCAGAGGCGGAUGCGGAAGAUUCUAUUUCGCACGACGAGGCGCACCUGGAGAGUGACUCGCCUCGACGCACAGCCUCGGCGCACAGCGACGCAGCGACGAGCCCAGUGUUCUCGACAGCGUCCGUACAUGCGAGCAGCAGCUCAUCGAGCGAUAUGAGCCGAGACGGAUCGCCGACGCACCUACUCUCCGACCACCGCAGCUCCUUCACGACAGGGACGCAGCCGUCGCGCACCCCGUCGAUCAGUACUGCUACCACGACGGCCACGACGGUAGCCCCGUCGCAAAUCGCCGCACAGAUAAAACGGCCCGGGCAGCCGCAGUUUGAAGGGUUCUGGCAGGUGCGCUCCAUGGACGAUCUGCGACCGAUGUUGGACUGCAGCGCGAUUGUGAUGAAGCAGCGGCGUGCGGACCCAGAAGGCGGUUUCGUGAGCCCGCUUAAAGCGCUGACCUCGUACCUGCACCAUACCUACCACCUGGUCAACCCAUCCUUUGUUUAUGAAUUGGCAUUCAAUCCGCGACGCGUGCUUACCAAGCCCAGUAAGCCAGUGUACAAUGACGGGCACGAUAACGAGGAGAGCGACUAUAUUCUUUACGUAAACGACUGGCUCGGCACCGAAGACGGGUACCGGUACCUGAUUCUGGACGUGCUGGGGCAGGGCACCUUUGGCCAAGUCGUCAAGUGCCAAAACAUGGCGACCCACGAGAUUGUCGCGGUGAAAGUGAUCAAGAACAAGACGGCCUACUUUAAUCAAAGCAUGAUGGAAGUUACUAUCCUUGAAACGCUCAAUCAGCACUGGGACCCGCACGAUGAACACAAUAUCCUGCGCCUGCAGCACACAUUCACCCACGCCAAGCACCUGUGCCUCGUGUUUGAGUUGCUCUCGUCUAAUCUGUACGAGCUCAUCAAGCAGAAUUCGUUCCGUGGCCUAAGUACUUCGCUCGUGCGUGUGUUCAUCACACAGCUCCUUGACGCGCUGGUCGUUCUCAAGGACGCGCGUCUGAUCCACUGCGAUCUCAAGCCGGAAAAUAUCUUGCUGCGCACGCUCGAGGCGCCGAGCAUCAAACUUGUCGACUUUGGCUCGGCAUGCCACGAGCAGCAAACGGUAUACACGUAUAUCCAGUCACGCUUUUACCGCUCGCCAGAAGUGCUAUUGGGCCUCUCGUACAACUCUUCGAUCGAUAUGUGGUCGUUGGGGUGCAUUGCUGCAGAGCUCUUUCUCGGGCUCCCCCUCUUUCCCGGCACGUCGGAGUACAAUCAGAUUAGCAGGAUCGUCGACAUGCUCGGCCUCCCGCCCGACUUUAUGCUGGAAAAUGGGCGCCAGAGCAGGGAGUUUUUCAACGUGCAUCUCGACGCAUAUGGACGCCCGAACUACGCGCCCAAGCCCAUGGAUCAGUACUCGCGCGAGCACAGAGUCCAUGAGCAGGCGAGCAAGCAGUACUUCCCGGGCAGGACCCUUCCGGAAAUUAUACGCCUCGCACCACUUUCGCGCCGCAGCGGACGGGCUGCAGAUACGGACAAGGAAAUGGCGAACCGCGCCGCGCUUACGGAUUUUGUCGCGGGGCUCCUGAACCUCGAUCCUAUUCAGCGCUGGACGCCGCAACAAGCCCGCCUCCAUCCGUUUAUCACGGGCGAGACAUUUACGGGGCCGUUUCGGCCUCCGCACAUGAGCGAUCCGCGCUUGUAUCCCGAACUGCCCCAUGCCGAAGCCCAGGUGCCAAGCACGGGCGUACCAAACGCACAAGAAGAUACCUACUACGAAUUCUACGGCGACUCGUCGCAUGCAUACCACAACAGGCCAGACGCAAUGGCAGUGCAUACAGGCGCACCACCGCAAACGUAUUCCAAUUCUAUUCCUAAUCCGCAUCCCGCCCAGGCCUACCCCCAUGGAUACCCACAGCAAGAGCACGAUGCAUGGACUUGGAGUACAGCUACGCCGUUGGCAUCAAAUACCGCAACGUACAACCCAACCUUUGCGCCAAAUACCGGCCACUUUAGCGUCGUGAUGGAGCCUUUUGCACCGGAGCAGCGCGGCACGCCAAGGAGCGGCACAAUCCGCAGAAACUCUGCUCUGAACGGCGCCAAUUUGCUUCCCGUGCACAGCACACCGACACAUGGCGAAGGCACGCCGCUUGCAAAUACGACGCCGCACGCUAGCCGACAUGGGCCGCUCCCAGAGGCGCCGCAUGCUAUAGACUCGCCCACUGACGCGUACCAAGACGAGGCCGCUGCGAUGUAUAUGCCUCGUUAUCGCAGCACAUCGCAGCACUCCGCGAGUCUCUUGCCCGUGUAUGUGAAACAGGUUCCUCGGUAG